CUAUCCUGUAGUGGAUAACUACAGUAGUGAAGAAAUACCUCGCUGUGCGAGUGCGAGCCGGCUGCAGUGGCGGCGCGGGGACUCCGGGUGCCGCUGUUGCCCGAUGCGAAGCGCCGCAGCAGCCGCCGCCGCCGCCGCAGACGGAGCCGGAGCCGGAGCCGCGGGGCGGCUGCUCGCUCGCGCAGUGCCCGAGGCGGAAGAGCGGAGCGGAGCAGGGGCGGACUGGGUCUCGCCGCGCCGGUCGACCUGUGAGCCAGCUGCGGGGGAUCUGCAGAGCAGGGCGGCGUCGGAGGACGGGAGGCGAGGCGCAGCGAAGGCGGCGAGCGGCGGGGAUGGGAGCGAGGCAGGGAGCGCAGCGGCGGGCAGCAGCCAGGCACGUCGCGCUGCUGGCCGUGCUGCUGCCGGUGUGCUGCCGGGCGGCGCCGGAGCGGCUGCGCUAUGCGGUUCCCGAGGAGACGGGCAGCGGCUCCCUGGUGGGGCCGCUGGCGCGGGACCUGGGGCUGAGCCCGGCAGACCUGCCGGCGCGGCAGCUGCGGCUGGUCUCGGCGGCUAAAAGGCAGCUGAAACACUUCGCGGUGGGCGCGGAGAACGGGCACCUGUACGUGAGCGAGAGGCUGGACCGGGAGGAGAUGUGCGGCGACUCCGCGUCCUGCUCGGUCAGUUUCGAGGUGGUGCUGCAGAACCCGCUCAACGUUUUCCACGUCGACGUGGCCAUCCAGGACAUCAAUGACAACUCGCCGGUCUUCAGCAAGGCAGCUCUCGAUCUGGAGAUCGGGGAAUUGAUGCUUCCUGGUGCGCGGUUUCCGCUGGAGAUGGCGCAAGAUCCGGAUGUGGGAAGCAACUCGCUGCUCAGCUACCAGCUCACUGACAGCCCCUCCUUCUCGCUUGCGGUGAAGGAGACUGCAAGUGGCAAGAGGCAGCCCGAGCUGGUGUUAGAAGCAGCUUUGGAUCGUGAGAAGCAGAGCUCCUUCCAGAUGGUGCUGAUGGCGGUGGACGGCGGGUCUCCGGCGAGGUCGGGCACGGUGCAGAUUCGCGUCAACGUGACAGACGCGAAUGACAACGCGCCCGUGUUCAGCAAAAGCGCCUACGAGGCGCGAGUGCGGGAGAACGCGCCGGCGGGGUCGCUGGUGCUGCGGGUGCGAGCCACGGACGCGGAUGCGGGCUCCAACGGCCGCGUCUCCUACGCCUUCAGCAACGUGCCCGAGGCUGUCCGCGCUGUCUUCAGCAUAGACAGCGACAGCGGCGACAUCCGAAACGAAGGGACUCUGGAUUUCGAGGAGAGGAAUAGAUACAGCUUCGGCGUGGAAGCGAGGGACGGGGGCGGGCUCAGCGGUCACUGCCAGGUCCUCGUAGAGGUCACAGACGAGAACGACAACGCGCCCGAGAUAACGACGCUGUCGGUGUCGAGCCCGGUGCCCGAGGACUCCCCGCUCGGCACCGUCGUCGCCCUCGUGAACGUGCACGACGCGGACUCUGGCGACAACGGGAAGGUGCGGUGCGAGCUGGAGGGCGAGUCGCCGUUCGCCAUCGUGGCGUCGUCGGGCAGCUCGUACAAGGUGGUGACGGCGAGCGCGCUGGACAGGGAGCGGGCGGCCGAGCACAACGUGACGGUGGUGGCGAGCGACGGCGGGAGCCCGGCGCUCUGCAGCCGCACGACGCUGGCGCUGGCCGUGUCGGACGUGAACGACAACGCGCCGGUGUUCGAGGAAGCGGCCUACAGCGCCUACGUGGCGGAGAACAACGCGGCGGGCGCGGCGGUGCUGCGCGUCCGCGCGCGGGACGCGGACGCGGGCGCCAACGGGCGCGUGAGCUACUGGCUGGCGGGCGGCAGCGCGGGCGAGGCGGCGGCGGCGCCCUACGUGUCGGUGGAGGCGCGGAGCGGCGCGCUGUACGCGCAGCGCUCCUUCGACUACGAGCAGUGCCGCGAGUUCGCCGUGGAGGUGAGGGCGCAGGACGGCGGGUCGCCGGCGCGCAGCUCGACGGCGACGGUGCGCGUCUUCGUGCUGGACCUCAACGACAACGCGCCGCAGGUGCUGUGGCCGGCGGCGGCGGCGAGCCCCGGCGCGGGCCCGUUCGAGGUGGUGCCGCGGUCGGCCGAGGCGGGCUACCUGGUGGCCAAGGUGGUGGCGGUGGACGCGGACGCGGGGCGCAACGCGUGGCUGUCGUACGAGCUGCUGCAGGCGACGGAGCCGGCGCUCUUCCGGCUGGGGCUGCACAGCGGCGAGGUGCGGACGGCGCGGGCCGUGUCGGAGCGCGACGCGGCCCGGCAGCGCCUCGUGGUGGUGGUGAAGGACCACGGGCAGCCGGCGCUGUCGGCCACGGCCACGCUGCACGUGGUGCUGGCCGAGAGCUUGCAGGAGGCGCUGCCGGCGCUGAGCGAGCGGGCGGCGGGCGCCGAGUCGCCGGCGGAUUUGCAGUUCUACCUGGUGCUGGCGCUGGCGCUGCUCUGCGCCUUGUUCGUGCUGAGCGUGGCGCUGGCCGUGGCGGCGCGGGUGCGGCGCGCCGGGCCGCCCGCCGUCCUGCGCUGCCUGGGCGCCGAGCGCUUCGCCGCCGCCGGCCCCGCCUUCCCGGCCGACUUCUGCGAGGGCACCUUGCCCUACUCCUACAACCUGUGCGUGGCGCCGGGCCGCGCCGUCGCCGAGUGCGCCUUGCUGCCGGCCCCGCUCCCCAGCCGCGCCGUCGACGAUCUUCUCAGCGGCGACCCGCCCGCGAUGCUGACGCCCAGCAGCAGCCGUGCCCCGGCAGAGCCGCCGUCGCACCCCGACGCAGUGCAGGUCUGUAAGCCGACCCCAGCCCUCUUCUCGCACCCUUCCUUAUCUUCACACCCCCCGCGUCUGCUCGUUUGUAGUUUUCGUAAGCUUUAGCAGCCUGUGCUGCUUCUCCUCGAUUGUAUUUGCAUCUUAACGAGGAAAGGGGAGCGCCUGUUGAGGCGAAUGGAUGAACGGACGAAUGACUGAGAACAAGCAACACUCCGGUGACGCCUUGCUUUUAGGAGCAGCAAGUGCUCCCGUAGGGUUCUUCUGCUCACAGUUUGGGAGGUAUGCCGAGGGGGAACAGACCAGGGCGUAGAUCGCGGAUCGAUGUCAGAGGCAGCAGAGAAAUUAGUAACAUGAAUGUCUGUUGCCACACUGAAUGACAUGGGGAUUUGCCUAUGAGAGGCGCGGCGCGGCGCGGCGCAGCGCAGGCCCCGCUUCGUUUCCGCACGGGCUCUUCUCGCUCACACUAGUGACUGUGCCGACUGGAGCACGCUUUGCUAAGGCGCAGCUGCUCCAGCGCUUGUUGGCAGAUGGGCUUCGACCACGUGCAUCUCUGCGUAAUGCUUAUUGGCUAUAUUAAAGAUAGAAAGGAAGCUCGUGUAAGGUUAGAAAAAUGGCCCUUAAGCGGUGUGUGUGUGUU